AUGAAGCAGGGCAGGUCAAUCCACAAGAGUGAAGAUGAAAAUGAAGAAUCAGAGACAGCUAUAAGUGAGCAUAAAUCCGAGAAAGAUUCAGCAGAGGAAGAAGGAACCGACACAGAUGAAGAGAAGCUUCCCACUGUCAGUGCAGAUGAGUUUGCAGAUGAAAACGGGGAUUCAUCAACAGAAGACGAAUCGUCAGAAGAAGACAGUAAAGAAGCAACCACCGAAGAUGAGAUUUCUACUCGUAAAGAGAUUUUUCCUGCACAAAACGGUGAAUCAAAGGAUGCGACCGCUGAAGAGGAAGCUAUAGCAGAGAGGACGGAGAAUGAAGAAGCAGGAACAGUUGACGGUGAAGAAACUGGCACUGCCAGUGAGAGUGACUCUGCAGAAGACAUAAACGGCACCACAAAUGACGACGACAAUGCUGAGGAGAAUGAUGACAUGAGUAGUGAAUUGUCAAUUGAAUGUGCUGAAAAUCAGACAAAAGAUGAGCAGACUGGGGAAGGAGCAACUGCAGAAUGUACAAGUGUGCACACAUUUGAAGAAGCAGAAGAGGAAGAAGCGGUUGACUGUAAAGAGGAGACGGGUAAAGUAAAACAUAUGCACGGUCUUGGUCUCGCAAGUGAAGCUGAACACGACCAAGAUGAAGAUGAGAUUGAUGCAGAUACAACUGAAAAUGAAUCUGGUAAGGAUGAAGUGGAGGAAACCACAAGCAGGCAGGGAUCUGACUCAGAAGAUGAGACGAAUGAAGAGAAAGAAGAUAAGCAGAAAGAAGAACAAAGUAUUGAGGCCACUGAUGCUGAAGAGGAAGAUACGGUUAAAAGCAAGAGUGACUCUGUAGAGGGUAACGAUGCCUCUUCGAAUGAUGAAACUUCAUCUGCAGAAGCGGAACAUGAAACCGACAAGGUCUAUAUUGUAGCAAACGAAAAAGAGCCAGAGCAAACAUCAGGUGGCGAAGAGUCUGAUGUUUCCUCAGACACUGAUCCUGAAUCUGCAAUCGAAGGGAGCUCCAAAGCUGUGAGUGAAAAUGAAUCUGAGGCAGAAGGCAGCAGCUCAGCAAUAGAUGAUGAAAAGUCUGCAAACAACUUAAGAGCAGGCAAAGGUGAAACCACAGGUGAAGAUGUGAGUGAUGUAGAAAUGAUUGGCAGCGAGAUCACAAAGAGCGACAGUGGAGAAAAAUCCAGAUCUAAAGACCAGCGUGAAAAAGAGUGUGCACGUGAAGAAUCUGCAGACGAAGCAGAAGAUGAAUCUGUAGAAGAGAAGGAGCCACAAUUUACUGAAAACAAAGAUGCCACAACAGCUGCUUUGAAUGACAGCGUCAAGGAUUCUGAAAAGGAAGACGAAGAUUCUGACACACCCGCUGAAGGCUGGAGUGGAAGCUUAGGAGACUCAGCUGACGGAGAAGACGAAGCCGAGGAAGACUCAGAACCUGAAGAAGACACUGCUGAUGGAGAGAAGCCUUUUGUUGCAGACAAGCUGGGGAGUUUAGAUGCAACCAAGAAAACUGCCAAGAAAACACUGCUAAUCCCUCUUGAUGCUUUGAUGAAAGAGAGAGCUGAGUCGGAGGAUGGCGCUUUUGCUGAUAUUGAAGAUUCUGAGACUGAGAUGCAUGGCCAAGACGAUGUUACAAGCCUCGAGUCAAAGAGUUUGGAAAAGUUAUAA